AUGCAUUUUAUUCCUUUAUUUAUUUAUUUUCAAAAAAAAAGAAAAAAAAAUAUGCCCAAUAGUGAUAAUGUUUAUCUCAAGAAAGCUCGCUACGGAAAAGACCUUGUCCACCUCUUAAGAGUUUAUAAAGAGGAGAAUAUCCAGCAUUGCACUGAACUUACAGUCAAACUUUUGUUAGAGGGUGAUAUCGAAACUUCUUAUACAAAGGCGAAUAACUCUGUUGUAGUUACUACUGAUACCUGUAAAAAUACAAUCAACAUUCUUGCGAAAAAGAGUCCUCAUGUAGAUAAUAUUGAGAUAUUUGCUCAAGAGAUAACUGAGCAUAUUUUGAGACAAUAUACACACAUCUCUGCUGCCUUUGUAGACAUCAUUAAACACAGAUGGUCACGUCUCAUUGUGGAUGGUCAAGCUCAUCCAUAUGCAUUCCAUCGCGAUGGAGAAGAUGUUCAAACCACCCAUGUUGAACAUUACCGUGCUGGUAACCAAAUUCAUAUCACUUCGGGACUCGAUCGAUUACUCGUACUCAAGACAACCGGUUCCACCUUCUAUAAUUUUCUAGUUGAUCAAUAUACCACCUUGGAACCCACCUGGGAUCGUAUCUUUUCGACCAUGAUUAACUGUAAAUGGACAUUUCAUCCCAAACAGCAGCCUGCCCUUCAACAGAUAGAUUACAAAGCGAUUCAUGCCGCUAUCAAACAAAUCACUUGUGAUAUAUUUGCAAAGGAUGACUCUGCAUCUGUUCAAGCUACACUCUAUAUGAUGCAGCAACAUAUUUUGUCUACAUUUCCCGAGAUUGCUGAAGUAUCUUAUGCUUUACCUAAUAAACAUUAUGUUGGCAUUGAUUUAAGUAAAUUUAAUAUUAAUAAUAAGGGUAAGCACACAACCUUAUUUCAUCCUCAAGCUGAUCCCUCUGGUCUUAUUACUGCAACAGCUGCUCGUAAGGAAUCCAAGUUAUAAAUAUAGUUGUAUAAAUAAAGAACAUAAUUGUAUUCUUAUUGUUA